AGGGCUCCUCGCCUCUUCCUCCCUCCAUCGCCAUAGCGUAGCUUAGCCUCUAGCUCUUGGCCUCUCUCUCCUUCUGCUCUUCCUUCAGAGAGAGGGAGCUGACCACUUUUCUUUUUGUCCCGUUGCAGCUUUCUUGUAGGUGUGUGGCCUGGCGGAGUGUUGGUGUAGCUCUCUGAAUUCUGAAAUAGAGAUACAGUAUAGCCAUGCAGACAGCCAAGACAAGCUUUCUUUAUUUUCAUGCAUCGAAGUCUGUGAUGUUAGAUUCUCCUGAUCUCCAUUCCCAAGCCCGUUGAAUUCAGAUUUUAGUCAAAUGUGCACGCAUCAGUUUUGGCGGUGCAAAACCAGUGAGACAUUGAGCACUGCACCCUCACAAAAAUUCAGAGACAGGAACUCUUCGGCCGAGAAGUAGCACUGCUUAUGCUCUCUGUUCAAAGGGGAUUAAACAGAGCCUCUCAACAGCUACAGCCAUCGAUCAACUGCGCUAAUUGCGUUCUCCGUGACGUGGAAACAUGAGACUGGGGCGGCGGCUCUAAACUACACUUUCCUCCUUGCCACCGCCCUGUUUGGCUCCAUUUUAAAAGGGUUAACAAGAAACCAAAAUUUUCAAAUCACGGAGGCACGCAUGUGACCGCGACUGUUUUCACAGAUGGCUCCAUGGGCAAACGCUUGUCCCGUUCUUGUGCUCGCCGCCAAGGAGCUAGCGGUGCGCUGCUGCUGCAGUGGUCCACUUGUCGCUAACCACAUCUGUAAAGCUCCGGCUCCCCUCCGUCCGAGGUCCCUUUUGCAGCUCGCGUAGCGCGCGGGCGGGGGGAUUAAGUUAAGCUAAUGCGCUUCCCUUUUCCCGGCCCCUGCCUCCCGCGCGCGCGGUUGCUCCCCCUUCACUUCUUGUCGGUGUCUAUUCCUCCUUUCCGGCCUCGGAUCCCUUGUUUCCCCGUUUGCAUCUUGCUUCUCCGUGCGUCUGGUUAAUCCGAGCCGAAAUCUUUGACCCAAAUCGUUCUUCCGCAAGCCCAAAACUUUGGAUUGUUUCUGCUUGAUUGGUUGGUUGGAUUCGAGUCUCACACGGAGAAGCUUUGUUUCUUCCCCUCCUGCAUUUGACAUGAAGGGAGGGAAUGAAAUCUCGUGCCCGGUCUAGUCAUGCUGUCCUUAAACAAAAUGCAUUUUCUCAAGUUAUAUUCGAGCAGUACAGCCGUGAGGAAUGGUUCCGUGGAGCACCCUACCCGGGCGUCUCCCAAUGGAACGAACAAGACGAGCCGGCCGACGAGGUUCGGUGGUCCUGAUUCUGCCGCCGACACGCCGGCGACCAAGUCACCCACCGGCCGGAGUCCUAAGGUGGAGCGCCGAACGACGAUGAGCGCAGAAAGAGAGAAACGGAGGCCAGUGAUGAAGCUGUCGGAGCUAGAGUCCCAGCUCACGCAGCUGCAAGACGAGCUCAAGAAGGCCAAGGAGCAACUCCAUUCGUCCGAGAACUCCCGGAAGCGGGCCCUGCAGGAAGCCGAGGAGGCCAGGGCGCAGGCCGCGUCAGCGUCGGCGCAGGCCCGCGAUUCCGAGGCGCAGCUCGCGGAGCUCUCGUCCGUCGAGGAAACCCGCAUCUUCGAGCUGCGGCGUCUCUCCCAGGAGCGCGAUCGCUCGUGGCAGUCGGAGCUGGAGGCCAUGCAGAAGCAGCACGCCGCCGACUCAGCCGCGCUCGUGGCCGCCAUGGGCGAGGUGCACCGGCUCCGCGUGCAGCUCGCCCGCGCCGACCGCAAGCCGCAGGAGGCGGCCGAGGCGCAGCUCGCCACGGUCGACGAGCUCAGGGCCAAGCUCAAGGAGAGCGAGGAAGCCGAGGCGCAGGCCCGGAGCUUGCACGAGGAGUGCAAGCAGCAGCUGGAGGCAAGCCGGGCCACCAUCGACUCGCUGCUCACCGAUGGCUCCAAGCUGAUGGACUCCUUCAGCCUCGUCGUCACGGAGCUCGAGGAGUCGCGCGCCAAGCUCAAGGCCCAGGAGGAAGAGAUGGCGGAGACUUCGUCGGCGGCGAAGGCGGCCGGCGAGAGCAGCGGCUGCUCGGACUCCGAGGCCGCCGAGCUGAGGUCGGCUUUGGAGGACGUGGAGGCCAGGUUCCAGGAAGAGAAGAUCCUGAGCACCGUGGAGACGCAGUGCGCGUACGAGCUCAUGGACCAGCUGAAGAUGGAGUCCGACCUGCGGCACGGCAAGCUCGCCGCUGCGCUCGGGAGCGCCAAGUCCGAGGUCAUCUUCCUCAAGGCGAGCCUGUUCGACAAGGAGUCCGAGCUGAGGCGCGCCCAGGACGCGGCCAAGAAGCUACAAGACGAGACGAGAACCAGCAGGGACAUUACGGCAGACGAGCUGAAAGAGCAGCUGCGGGGCGCGCUGCUGGAGAACGGGCAGCUGAAGAUCGAGCUGCAGAAGUACGAGUCCGAGGAGAAGGUCCCCGUGAAGUCGGAGGCCGAAGCGGCGGCGGAGACGGCGAAGAAAGGGGAGACGGAGGCCGAGCUGAGGCGGCUGAGGGUGCAGGCCGAGCAGUGGAGGAAGGCCGCCGAGACCGCCAUGGCUUUGCUCGCCGUGGGAAAGGGCGGGAACGGGAAGGUCAUGGACCGGGGCGACUCGUUGGACGGCGGCAAGUACGCCGGCUUGUAUGAUGAGCUCGACGACGAUGCCGCGGCCCGGAAGAACGGCAACGUGCUCAGGAGGAUCAGUGGCAUGUGGAAGAAAUGAGGAUGAUCACCGAUCAACUUAUGACAAAGUAGUAGCGCGGAUCGAUCGUAGGGACUUGUUCAUUUUUCGGUCACUUGUAUAAUUGUUUUGCCGGUUCUUGUGGUGUAAAAACAGGUAUAAAAGCAAAAAAAAACAUAGGAAUGAUUGUACUGGUUGGGUAAGCGUGCCCACAGCUGUAUUAUACUCCUAAAACAUAGUGCGUGGUAUAUGAUGAAUCGGAGAGUCGAUUCAUGCAGGUGUGAAUUGUGAAAGGCUGGAAUAUCACAAUUUAGAGUGACUAUCAACAAGUUGCUCUUUCUGAA